GCGAAUAAGCAAAUAAGAAGAGCAAGAAAUGGGUCAAUUGCUAAGUAUGACAAGCGCAAUGCGUUCAAUUAUUUUAACGUAAGUGAACUAACUCAACUUCAGACGUCAAAAAUCUGGCAAAAACACUUACUUGGACGUGUUUUGAAGAAGUUAUUCAUGGAAAAUUUAUGUGUACAAUAUUAAUUCUUCAAUUUCUGUGUUGUUAUAAAGUGGAUAUGUUAAGUGCUAUAGUGUUGUUGUAAAACAAUUAUUUAAAAGUGUCUGUGAGUAAGUUGUUAUUUGCUGUUCAACCAGCUGUCUUGUGGCGCCUAUCGGAAAACUGGCUGCUACAUGAAAAUGGCCGAUGACCCCGGCCAUUCAUCCUCCCAUUUAGAAAUGGCGCACGAGAGCGGCGGCGUUGGGGGCGGCGGCGGGGGUGCGGGCGGCGGGGCGGGCGCGGCCUCCCCGCACGCCGCCUCGCCGCCGCACGCGCCGCGCCUGCCGCACGACACCACCUUCCACCACCAGAUCAUGCAGAGUCAGAGCCCGAGAAAGAACCAUAUAGCGGAGAGAGCAAAACAAAGCUUAGAGAAUAAUUUCCUGUUGCAACUGAAGAAGCAGCAGCAGCUGCAGCAGGAGAUACUGCUGCAGCAUUUCCAGCAGCAGCGGCAGCAGCUGGCCGAGCAACACGAGCAGCAGCUCAGGCAUCACCUCAAGCUGUGGGAGCAGCAGAAGGCGAUGGAAGAGGCAGCGCUGCGCGAGGCGCGCGAGGCUCGGGAGGCCCGGGAGGCGCGCGAGCGGCACGAGCGCGGCGAGCUGCUGCGCAAAAAGGACAAGCACGAGCACAGUGCUAACGCCUCCACCCAAGUCAAACAGAAGCUGCAGGAGUUUCUUAAGAAGAAAGCAGCAGCGAAUGCCAAUGGAACAGUACCUGGUUCACCUUAUAGAAAUUGGGGUAUAGUAAAGUCAUCGUCUGGAGAAUCAAUAACGUCGACGGGCGCGACGGCGCACCCGUACCGGCUGGCGGCGCCGCCUGCGCUGGCGCUGAACGCGGCCGCCCCGCAGCCCUCGCCCGCGGACUACCCGCUGCGGAAGACCGCGUCGGAGCCCAACAUGCUGAAGGUGCGGCUGAAGGCGCGCUUCGCAAUUCCUACAAGCACCAAGAUCAUAAAUUCCGAAGGAGGUGGGAAAUUUUUGCUUUCUGGUAACUCUAAAAUCAAGCAGGAGCCCCCCUGCCUGUCAAAACUAUGCCACAAGAUUCUUAUAGUCCUAUAG